AUGUCACCCUCAACUGACUCUAUCAUUACCGGCGAUGUAAUUCAAAAUUCGACCCAUCUUCGACCCGUUGAAGACUAUUUAUCAUCUGCCGCUGGCAUCCAAGGCAGAGCAGGGGGCUCCUUCAGCGAUUCGCAGAAUUUAGCGAUACAUGUCAUUGCCCUUGUCGCAUCCUCUGUCAGUCUAGUGACUGUUCUGGUGGGCUUGAGAUGGUUUUUGCUCAUGAGGCGGAGCUUCCGACAUCGACUUAUCAUGCAUCUCAUCCUGAGUGACACGUUCAAAGCCAUCUGGUAUUUCGUUUUCUCGGUCGUCACCUUUACAGUGGGCCCUGUUCACAGCACAUCAAGCUUUUGCCAGGCGAGCGGAUUCUUCCUGCACUUUUCAAUGGAAGCCUGUGACAUGGCAAUCUUCAUCAUUGCUCUCCACUCAAUCUUAUGUAUUGCACGACCAAACAGUGGAGUGGGCGGAAUUGGGCUAUAUCCUUACCGGAAUUGGAUUUAUCCUCUCUGGUUAUGUCCACCCUUGCUUGCAACAGGUCUCGCAUUCGUUGACACCCCCCGGCCCUAUGUGACUGCAGGGACCUUCUGCUUCCUUCCGAAACGUCCAUUCUGGUAUCGACUGGCACUAUCCUGGGUUCCUAGGUACAUCAUAAUCAUCAUCAUCCUGGCCAUGUAUGUCUGGAUCUACAUCUACAUCCAUGUGAAACUCCGUGGCUUCGAAAAUCUCGGCGAGAUCGUUUCGUCCUGUGACUCGACAUCGGAUCUGAGGGAUGAAUCGCAAUCACGAAGCGAUUCCCAACACCCAGGUAGAUACGUGGAAAAAGAUUCUAGCGAGCCAAACCUCCUCCGGGCCCCGGGGGUAGUCUCAGCGUCAGCGUCAGCAUCAGAGGUACAAAAAGGUUCGAGUGCAUUGAACCAAUCCAACUCUCUACCACUACAGCCAUGGGAGAACAUGACGUUUGCAACCACGAGAUACUCGCCUGGAGAGAUUUUUUCCCAAGUCCCGCGGGAUGUGCCUUCAGGCCCAUCAUCUCGCUAUGGGAGUUCCUGGUCUGGUGAAACCAGAUUCCCGUCAGUCUCAGGGUCGACUGUGAACACGAAACUAGGUUCUUCCUGCAACACCAGCGCAAGACCUUCGACGGUACCAGAGAGCAGUCCUGGAGAUAGCGAAGCGCAGAACACCUCGUCGCAGGAAAAAGUGCCACAGGGAAUCACUGUGGGCAAUGGAGGAAAUGAUCAGCUCAAACAAACUCGAAUCGCAAUACGAAAGCAAUUGAGAUAUUUGUUUAUUUACCCACUAGUUUAUAUCAUCAUGUGGAGUUUUCCAUUUGCUUCGCACGCGCUCACAUACAACAACUACUAUGUCAUGCACCCCGUAUAUUGGUUGGCGGUGAUGCAGACAUUGAUGCUAUGCCUCCAAGCUGGUGUGGACAGCAUCAUAUUUUCCUGGAUGGAACGACCGUGGAGAAGAAUCGAUGGCAAUUCCAAAUUUUCUAUGCCUGCUAUUCGGCGGAGGAGUAAGGCCUUCUUGAAUGGGCAUUGUGCUGAGAAGAACACUCACCUAAAGUCGGAACCGUCGCUGGUAGAGAAGCCGGCACCAGUGAAGCCCAAAGCAAAUCCAAAUUGGUGGGAGGCUGAAGGACGACGUCGAAAUGACAGUGUCUGGAUGGGAACCAGCACCUACACGGAUACGAUAUCACCAGUCAUAUCACGAAUGCGAACACGCUCGAAGAGCCCAGAAAAGCCGACACCAGGGCCGCUGCAUCUGAGAACGAGAACAAGAAGCUCUGAGAAACAGACAAAUUUUGUUCCGACGCUGCAAGCAAUACCGACCGACAAGGCACCUAGUGUCAUGGCAACUACCGACUCUUCCAACUCCUCUCGAGAUGCGUCUUCUACUCCAUCAAAUCCAACUGCCAGAGUCCGGGGCCAUCGGCAUAGUACGAGUACGAGUACCAUCAGUCCUCCGCCUACUGUCCCCGAGGCUGAGGGCGAUGCUUGUUAA